UUGCAAAUAUAUUCAUUUCAUGUUAAAUUUAACGUAAAAUUGUUUAUUGUGUAUUAUACCACGGACUUAGUGAUUUACUUUAUUUUCGUGAAUGUCUUCAAACUAUAUGAUAUGAGAGGAUCAUCAAAGAUGUUUAAAUAUUCAGUGUGUUAUAAACAUUGUGUUAUAACAUGAGGCAAAACAAUUCUUGUGGUGAUAGAACGGAAAGAUAGUUAAUGUGCGAUAUAUUGUGGAAUUGUUAUGAGCUCGUGAAAAUAAACAAAUAGUAGAGAUGUUGUGCUUAAAGAAACGAAGGACUUACAGUUUUACGCUGGAUGCUUGCGCGGCAAUUCCGAGGAGAUCUAAAAGGGAUAAUAAUCAUUACAAGAGGUCCUUGAACACGGCUAUUACGACAUUGCCACGUAAGAAUAGCAAUAGAGAGAAGAGGCCAUUCAAUAUGGUUCUUACUGUGACCGAAGAUACUCCGGUAGAUAUGUUGACCGGAAGUAUGGAACUUCUAGUCCAGUUACCUCGCAAUCAUAAUUUUCAUACGCAGAGAAUCACAGUAUUAAGAAGCACUCCAAUGAUGGACCUUCUGGUGCAGAUUGCAACGGCCCACAAAUUAACAGCUUCAAGUUAUACCUUGCAAGCGAUUGGUGAACGUGACUUGUUAUUACCUCAUCACCCGAAUACUCCUAUAGGAGCACUGGACGCCCUUCAGGUUAAAUUACUUCCCAAGCAAGAAAUAUGUGUGCCACGUAAAACAAACCAGACUAAUCAACCUUUUGAAACUACGUUUAGAUUACAGGUACACCUGCCGAGAAAUCAGUUAUACGUAUCAAGGGUCAGUCCAAAGAUGAAUCUAGGAGAAAUCUUGGACGAAGUGUGUCGUGAGAAAAAUCUGGACAAGAGCAAAUACGAGCUUCGUCAUCCAGUCAAUCUGGAAGAGACAUUGGACCUGUCGCUGUCGUUACAGGACUAUCACUUGCAAGAAGUGACUCUAUAUGCAAAGCAGGUCAGGAGCAUGGGCCCAACGUUAAGCACGCAAGAUAUAAUGGUGUUGCAAAGGCAAGAGGAGCGACUACGGCAGCAGACCAAACAGAGCGUGCUUGGCUUCAUGUUUAAGAAAUCCAAAGAGGGCUGUCUGAAUAUGGCCAGCCUCGGGACACGCAGCGUGUCACCGACCAAGAGUGAUGAGACUGCGAGAAGUAUAAGUUCUCUUCAACCACCAGCUCGACCACAUAGAAAGAGGAGGCCAGCCCCGAAACCGCCUGUAGAUCUUACACAAACCGCUGUUCAAGAUAUUUCUGGAGACGAGAACAAGGACAAAAUGAUGAUUAUCAAUCACAGCCGUAACAGCAGCGACAGCUCCGGCUAUCACGAGGCUUCCGUACUUAGCGACAAUCCGGAUUCGGCCGCAAGACUACUGGAAACACUACCAAGAAGAAGCAAGGCUCCAGAUUUAUCUGAUGCGCCUAGAAAGUUGGUACAGACUUCGCAAUCCAGCAAGAGUUUGGGCAAUCUGGCAAUGCCCAGUGAGACGCUUAGUCGAGAGAUUAGCAGUACUUCUCUCUAUUUUACUGGUCUUCGAAAGAAAAGAGCGGCUCCUCCUCCGCCAACACCUAGACCAAUAUCGUCAGCUAUUUCCGCACAGGCUUUAGAACGUAUCGUCAACUCCGAAGAAUUGUUAACGUCUGAUAUGGGACCCUCGAAACCAUCGUCGAACGUCGACAUCUCGUCGAAGGCUAGUUUGGACAUCGUCUGCCAAAAAAUCAAUUCUAAUAUUGGCAUCGACAUACAAUAUACACACCAGUUGGACCAAGAUAAACCAAAAUCGGAAGCCACAAUGUGUGAAUCUGCUCGGGACAUUCAACAAAACUGUACGGCCGAAGUGAAACCCCAGACGUGUUUCAAGUUAGAUUCAAUCAACUCCGAGCACAUUAAAACACAUACAAUCGCAUCUGUAGAAGCCAUCGCGAAAGUAGGACAAGCUAGAUCAGAAACGGUUGGAGAACAUGUACCCCUUCCUAAACCUCGAAAGAUUUACGUGAAUAGAAUUAGCACUUUGAAGUCUUCGAAGGCAUCUAACAGUAAAGUAAUUCUACCCUUGGCAUCGCCUAGAACUCUGAGCAUGAAGCGCGAUAAUGCAAACAUUUCACUAUACGAAUAUACAAAUUCCGAACCUAUCGGUGAACCAUGCCGCAGUACUUCAAUUGAUGAUAUGCCAUCUUCAUUGAAUGAAUAUAGUUUUGCUACACUCGAAUCAAAAGAUAUAUUAAAAUCAAAAAACAAAUAUACAAUUCUCAAUAAAAAUCAGAUAAGCCAGCAGAAAGACACAUCAAAAAUCACAGACGAUAUUACAACCAAAGAUGAUGAAUUAUCAAGUCAAAAUUUAUGCUAUGAAGUGACAAACAAUGUUGAUUUACAAAACUCUAAUUUAAAAGAAACACAUUCAAAAUCUAAAGAUAAAUUUAAUCAAAAGAAAAAAUUGCAAGCUAUUAUCAAUAAUGUAAAAAAUCAUGAAUCAUUAAAUUUGAAUCUACACUUAAGUAAUGAGUACCACAUUGCGCUUAACUCUACCGAAUUUAAUGUAUGUUCACCGAAAUUGUUAUUAUCUGAAUGUAAUGUCGUUUCUAAAGAAAGCAGAAAUAAUUAUUCAAAACAAAAUUAUAAAAUGAAAUCCAAAUAUAUUGAUUUAUGUGAUGAAAAUAAGAACCAGUGUGAUAAUUUGUGGAUAUUGGACGAUAAUUCUUCGAGUGAGAGCGUGAUGAAGUUGGAAUUUAAGAAAACCAAGUCAGUUUGCAUGACUGAAGAAAGGCAAAAAUUAAAAGGCGAACAAUUUUGUUAUCGAUUCACUCAUCAAGGAUUGAUCAAUGCGCAGAAAGAGACAAUUUUUUCCAUUGAGACUGGAACUGAAGAAAAAGUUCAAGCGGUGAAUCCUGAAAAGGGUAAGGAAUCGUGCACGGUGAUUUCUACCAUACCAAAAUGCGAGCAUCUCGAUGCUAUAAGAGAAAAUGGUGCUUUAAAUAAUGUUGCGAAACAUUACGUUAUCGUGGAAGAUAUUGAUGAAUUGUGCGAAAAAGUUUCAAAUAAUACACGCGAAGAAUUGAGUGGCGCAAAAAGUGCUAAACGGACAAGACUGAUACGGAGUCAGUCUAAAUCGCAUGACUUCGAAAUAGAUACCUUAAAGAAGCAGAAACGAUAUUUUACCUUGCCUUCGGAGGACAUCGUACACGCUGUGAACCUCAAGCUCCCUACACGAAAUCUGUUUUCUACUAUCACGGAAAAAAGUCCAGAGCAAGUUGCGACAGGGCGUUGCACUGAUCGUGGAGGAAAUGCAGAUGUAAAUAAGGAAGAGUCAUCCAGUGAAGUAAUCACAGCUUGCCAGGAUAUCCCUUCAGAAACUGAUAUCUUGCUGCAGAAGGUUUCGGAUACAUUAUCGAAUGUAUUACCAACUUUACCAUGUACCCCGGCAUCGAAACCAUCAUUGCCUCUUGAGAUAAAUUACACAACUACAUCUAUGUGGACAAACAACAUUAUUGCUGUCCCCAAUAAUUGUUCCGUAAAUCAAUUGGAGACCAAGGCUGAUAAAUCUAGCGAACUCUAUAAAUCGUGUAAAGAUUUGUCAAUUGAAAAUGUCUUGAGUGCCAACAUGUCGAAUAUAACAGCGGCAAACUCGCUACAAGACAAUUAUGUAUCGGCGAUGGGUGACGAGAAUAUGUCGAUCGGCGACUGGGAAUAUCAGCUUCCGGCCCCACCAAGUGCCUUCCGUGACUCGCAUUCACCUACCUUCAAUACCUACGACACGGUUACCCUAGGUUCAGUGGAAGCCUUCAAGGAGGUCGCUUCAGCGAGCCCGGUUGCGGAGCUAGACGAUGCGAUAGAUAGUAGCGACAAGAAUCCUAAAUUGGCAAAAGAUUUAUUGAACGAUGUCAAGAUGAAUUGCGACCAAAGACCUUCGAGUGAAAAAAUAAAUCUUAAUAUUAAGCGACAGACAAAUAAGUCUAUCGUUAAGCAAAUGCCCGCCGUUUCACAACAGUUGGAAACUGACUCGGACCUGCGGAAAGAAGUAAUCUCAGAACUAGAGAACAAGAUAGAGACCGGUGUAUUAGUGCAGACUGUUAAUAAAGAUUUCGAUCGAAGAAAUAUGAACAACCUAUCCGCGCCAGAGUUGGCACCCAUGGACAACACUCUAUCAAAUUUCACUAUCACCACUUACACCAAGCAGAAGAGUCUUUUCGAGGAAUUCGAGGAACCCAGUGAUUGUACGAGAAAUUCGGACCAAAGAUUUACUAAAACAUUUGCCACGCUGUCGAGAAACAAUGCUAGUGCGCAUAAUUAUGACCAAAGCAACGUAAUGAAAAGUACACAUUUGAUUAACAAUUUGUCGCGCAACAAAAGAACAAUAAACAAAUCUGAAGAAUUGAAUACAAAUAACAUUGAUUGUAAAAUGGAGUCAAAGAUUAACGAUCAGGGCGAACUAUCCUACAAGUGGCGACCUAUCAACACGAUCAACAAGAAUAAUAUCCAACGAUCCAAGAGUUACAUAUCGUCUAGCAAAUAUCAAAAAGAAGUACAAGAUAUUAACACAAGAAAGCAUGAAUCACAAAUGAAAUCAGAGAUUACUGGUAUAAAAAAAGCUACAAGUAUUACAGAUUUGAAUGUCUACUCGCAAAAGGAUAAUGAAAAGUCCUCACAAUGGAGAAAUAUACUAAGGAAAGAGGAAGAACUUACCAAAGAGAAUCAAUUACAAUCGUUGCAGGUGCUGAAAAGCAUUUUGCCGCAGUUGAAGAACACUCAACAGGCGAAGGAAAAUGUGUCAGCCAAAGACUGUAAUAAUGCACUAUUAAACCAAAGAACAAAAUACAAGGCUGAUUCCCACAAACAUUCGAUCAGAAUGAGUUCAAUUUCGACCCACGAAUCUUGUGAUAAAUCGGAAUGUAAACGAUCGCAGAGGGAGGAAAGCGCAAAGCGUUACGUUUACACCAGUCCACCUGCGAUCAGUUUAGGCAUUUGGUCGGAGAGACCCAGCAUCAACGUCCAGAUCAAAACGGAUUCUGAUUGCAAACAAGAAAAAACUACUAUUAACAGCAAGACUAUUGUUAAUAUUAAUGAAAUGAAGAAGGAGAGAGGUAAUGUGAAUUAUAUCAACCGCGUUAGUAAAAAUAACAUCAUCAGGCACAAACUUAAUAUCGAUUCUUUGGCAAAUAAAAAUUCUGACGAAUUAAUCGCAAAGAAGUUAAUAGCACACACGGCAGCAUCGAAUUUUAAAAUAUCGAACCGAUUUAAUGCGGUGUCUUCUUAUUUAACGAGGAACGAAGAUAGAGCCAUCGUAACUGGGGUUCAGCUGAAGAGAACUUCUACCAAAGCACCAAGAGAAAUGUUAAAGAGCAACGAGAAUGAGGUCGACACUACGCCAAUAAAUUUCAAAGAGUUGACGAAGACGUUUAGUCAAUACCCGAAUUUUAAACAGAACCCUAAAUACAGCGAUGGAUCCUCGGCGAUUCCUGGCGAUGUGCAAUCGAACGAAAUGAAAAAAAUUACGAACUCAAGCGUCAAGGAUAACAACCACGGCUGGUUUACGAGAGCAACUGACCAAGACAAAUUUUCAUCUAAAAGUCAAGUUCAGCAAAACUUGCGUGUGAGAAGAUUCAUGUCUGUAGACGUGAAUAGAACAAACUGUAAUCUUGGCUUACAAGAUAAAAUACCCUUCAGAUGCAAUGUUAAUAAUGCAGUGAAGAUUAAUCUGCCGAUGCCCGUUGUAAAAGGAUUCAAAAUACCCACCUCUGAUUUAAAGACAAACAAUAAUGAGGUAAACGACAACGGUCUGUCGACGAUUGAUGAUUUUAACAAGCAGUCUCCUAAACCUCCAACAAUGCCAGUAAUAACAGGGGUGACACUAAAAAACACCAAAACAAAACCUAAAUCGAUCCCAUUGGUUCAAUUAAAUCCUAGAGAUAUGCUGUUGGAGUCCAUUCGAAAUUUUGGCGGACGUGAAAAAUUAAAAAGUAUUUCGGAGAGGUACUAAUUGCGAAUAAACAUUAUACUUUAUAAAAUAAUUUCAGUAAAGGAAAUUUUUUACAGCAAUCAUAUUGCAAGGAUUAUAAAGUAUUUUUUAUUUCUUUUGUUAUAUUAAGAGUUAUACCAUUUACUUUGAA